CAGACACACAAGCAGACAUGGCUUUCAAGUUCAUUCUCUACAUCAUUCUCUCAGCCCUCGUGGCAGGUGCAGUUUAUGCAGCUCCUCAAUCAUACCAUAGCCAUGGUGCUCAAUUAUCGCUGACUAGCCAUGCCAUUCCGAUAGCUAAUCACCACAUCGAAGAACAUCACUACGAUCACCACCCCAAGUACAAAUUUGCCUAUGACGUGCACGACUCGCACACCGGUGACAUAAAGAGCCAGCACGAAGAGCGCGACGGAGAUGUUGUUCACGGCAGCUACUCCCUCAUCGACGCCGACGGUUACAAGCGUGUUGUCCACUACACCGCUGACAAGCACAGCGGUUUCCAGGCCACCGUGCACAGGGAGCCCGUGCAUCAUCAUGUACCCACCAAGGCUAUCUUUCAUCACGAGCCUCUAGCCAUCAAGACGCAUUACUCUUAUCAUCACUAAGAGCCGAUGUAGAUUUAUCUAUUAGUUAUUUCUAUUGAUGUGUACAGCUACUUAAAUGAAUGUGUGGGCUUAAACGCCUUGUAUAUACUAAUAAAUUGUUAUUUAGCCCAAUUUUUAGAUAUUUGAAUUUUUUGUGACUUGUAUACUGAUUUCCUGAUCACAAAUUGUUUGAAUGAUAAUAAAAAACAUUAUUUUCCUUAUAACAACCUGUUUAUUUUAUUGAUCAACGAAUUGAUAAACUAAGUAUAGCAUGUCUUUAUUUGAAAAAAUGAUUAAUGUGUGUUUAAAUAAAGAGUAUAUAUUG